AGGUGUGCAGUGGAGCUUCUUCUUCUGCUGCUCUGUUUGCAGAAACUAUUCACUCUGACUUGAGUUUGAUUAAAAAUCCAAAAGGUCAGAGGUCAAGCUGUUCAUCAGACUGUGCAGAGGAAAAUUUUUCAACUUUGGAGGAAACUGUGCAAAAUGGCCACAGGUGGAAGACAAAGGUCAGGGAGCAAAGACCUGCCGCCUAAUUUGUCUGAAUUAAUGAACAAACUUAUUGAAGUUGCAGCUUCAUUCAUCCAACAGUUUGACAACAGUGAACCAAGGAUGAGAGAGAUUGUAGAAAAGUUUCAGAAGAUUUCUGAACAAGUAAAAGGGAUGCAGUUGAACACAGACCAAGUGAGACAAAUAGGAGCUUUUAUAGCUGCAGCAGCAACAGGAGUUUUAGUCUUUGCAGUGCCAUUCACUGGUGGAAUGAGUUUAGCAGCUGGAGCUGCUGCAGGUGGAGUUGUUGCUGUUUUUGGAGCCAAUGGAACCAAAAUGUGGUCAGAGAGUGGAAGUGCAAAGGAAGUAGAAGAACUGGGAACAGAAUUCAUGGCUAUGGUUGAACCAGUGAAGAAGAACCUGGAAGAAAUAAAGAUGACAUGUGAAGAGUUGGAGCGAAAAUCAGCUGAAGCUUUGGCUAAAAACACUCUGACUGACAUGGAGGAGUUUCAGAGGAUCCUCAGACGAGUCUCUGAACUCAAACAGAAAAGUAAAGGAGUUUUGAGUUCAUUUUUAUCAGUGCUGAAUGUGAUUGAUAAGCUUUUAGUUAUCAUUUUGAGCAUCAUAAAAGUCACUGCAAGUCCUGAACAGGAUGAAAAGUUAAGAGAUGCCAUCAUCCAGUCAGCUGAUCAGUGUCAGAAGGUCGUUAAUGAGUUUGAAGAGAUGAAAAAAGAACUGAUAGACUUCACAGGAAAGGACGGAGAGUAGAAACAGCACCCUGACACCUGGACUGCAUAAAGGACUGGUGUACUGUGAGUCUGAAGCUUCCUCAUGGCUCCGCUUAAGACUCCAUGUUGUUGUAUAUUCAUGUAAAGCUGAUCCAAAGCAGCCUGAUGUCACAGAGUAUGAAGAGGCUCCACGGCCUCACCAAGAGCUGCUUCUUGCUCUGUGUUCUCUGCUGAUCGCCACCAUUUAUGGACCUGUUUCAGAGAAGCUUUUACUCCAUAUUUAACCUGACUCAGCUCUUUGGCUGUCAUCACUUUCUUUUUUCUCAAAGCUACGUUCAUUUUUAAAUAUGGAAUUAGUAUAAAUUUCAAUGAUGUACACGUGUUAGUAUGUGAAUGUAUGUUUGUGUAAACAUGUUGAUAAAGAACUGAAGUAAUCCAUGAGUCCACUCUUUUAAAGGUCUGUAAGGAUCUCUGGAUGGCUUCUUAUGCAGGGAAUUACCCUCAACUUGGUUUCCUACCUGUAAUAUAUUUUUCUUUCUAUAUUCUUCCUGAGCUGAUUUUGUUGACUAAUUUCUGAUAUGUAUUUCAAGCCUCACCAGCUGGAUAGGCUGUCCACCCUAGUCCACUGUUUAACCUGGUUUAGUUACUGGCUCUCUAACAAUUACUGUUCUGAACAACAAGACUGAGGCCAUGAUCGUAGCUCUUCCUGGAUUAUGUCCUGAAACCAGUCAGGCUGUUGCUACUUUUUCUUCAGCUGCUAAGUCCAGGGUGUAAUAUUUCAUUCCCCUCUGGACUUUGAUUCACAUGUAAGGCAAAUUGAAUCUCUGUAGGGUGUCUAGUCACUGUUUGUUUGAUGAAGACUUACAUUAAAUGCAUGAUCACUU